CCCCCUCAUCUUCUUCAAACAUGUCGUCUGCCCUAGCAACAGUGCCGAGAUUGGGCAGACUUGUGCCCCAAAAUACUUGCUUAUUCCUGUGUGAUUUGCAGGAAAAGUUUAGGAGCAGCAUCCAGUACUUCCCGCAGAUCGUAGAAGUGUCCAACAGAUUGCUGAGAGCUUUUAAAGUCUUGGAACUCCCGAUUGUGGCGACAGAGCAAUACCCGAAAGGUUUAGGAAAUUCGGUGCCAGAGUUGGGCGUUGCUGAGAAUGAUGUCCCCGUGUUUGACAAGACCAAGUUUUCCAUGUGCCUCCCUCCCGUCCAGGAAAUCAUUAAGGAUAAAGAGAUUAAGUCUGUGAUUCUUUGUGGCAUUGAAGCCCAUGUUUGUGUGCAGCAAACAGCACUUGAUCUUAUUGAAAGCGGAAUGGAUGUUCACGUAGUGGUCGACGCUUGCUCUUCUCGCUCAAUGGUGGACAGGAUGUACGCUUUUGAGAGGAUGAAACAGUCUGGUGCCUUCCUGACAACAAGCGAGUCUGUGAUCCUGGGUCUGGCUGGGGGCUCUUCCCACCCCUCAUUCAAGCAGCUCCAGAAGAUUAUUUGGGAGUCGGCACCAGACACUGGACUGCUCGCUGCCCGCCAGCAGCCCCUCGUUACAGCCAUUACAGAGAGCAUUAAUGGUCCGAAGCUCUGACAAGUUUCAUAGUGUUUUCCAGUAUUUGUUAUGGCGUGCAUUCCAUCACUUCACUGGAGGGCAUUGCCUAUCCUUGCCUUGUACAGAUAUUUUUCUUGGUAAAACGACUUAUCCUUGCCUUAUCCUUGUACAGAUAUAUAUUAGUAAAACAAAAAUCAACAUUUAAAGAUUUUCUUUGUGAUUUUUGAAGUUGGCUCUGGCUACUUCAUCACAUUUUAAGUCCUAUUAUAGGAGCAAGGAUUUGGUUUAUAUAACUUCAUGACAUACUGUACUUGGAAGCAUGUGAUUAAAAGAGACAAAAAUCAUUUUCCAUGAUAAAUAAAAAUCUUUGGGUAAGUUA